CGGGCCGGGCGGCUGGAGAGGAGGCGGGCGGGGCCGGCUCGGGCACCAUGGGUGUGAUAGGUGUACAGUUGGUGGUUACCAUGGUAAUGGCUAGUGUCAUACAGAAGAUCAUACCUCACUAUUCUCUUGCUCGUUGGCUUCUCUGUAGUGGCAGUUUAAGGUGGUAUCAGCAUCCUACUGAAGAUGAACUACGGAUUCUUGCAGGGAAACAAAGAGGGAAGAGCAAAAAAGAUAGAAAAUACAAUGGUCAUAUUGAAAACAAACCCCUAACCAUUCCAAAAGACAUUGAUCUUCAUCUGGAAACAAAAUCUGUGACUGAAAGGGACACUAUUGCACUGCAUUAUUUUCCGGAAUAUCAGUGGUUGGUGGAUUUCACUGUUGCAGCCACAGUUGUGUACGUGGUGACUGAAGCCUACUACAGCCUUGUGAAGCCCUCACAGGAAAUGAAUAUCAGUGUAGUCUGGUGUCUGCUUGUCUUGGCUUUUGCAGUUAAGGUACUGUUUUCAUUGACUACCCAUUAUUUCAAAGUAGAGGAUGGAGGUGAGAGAUCAGUCUGUGUCACCUUUGGUUUUUUCUUCUUUGUGAAAGCAAUGGCAAUUCUCAUUGUGACAGAAAACUACCUGGAGUUUGGACUGGAGUCAGGAUUCUCGAAUUUCUCAGAAAGUGCUAUGCAGUUUCUUGAAAAGCAGGGUUUGGAAUCCCAGGGUCCUGUGUCUAAACUAACCUUCAAAUUGUUCCUGGCUGUUCUGUGUUCACUUAUUGGUGCUUUUUUGACAUUCCCUGGCUUGCGACUGGCUCAAAUGCAUCUGGAUGCUCUGAAUUUAGCAACAGAAAAAAUAACACAAACGUUGCUACAUAUAAACUUCUUGGCACCUUUAUUUAUGGUUCUACUGUGGGUAAAACCAAUCACUAAGGACUACAUUAUGAACCCACCUCUGGGCAAAGAGAGUGUCCCUUUAAUGUCUGAAGAUACAUUUGAUACCAUGAGGUUGUGGAUUAUAAUCCUGCUGUGUGCUUUACGGUUGGCAAUGAUGCGUCACCAUCUACAAGCCUAUCUCAAUUUAGCCCAGAAGAGUGUGGAUCAGAUGAAAAAAGAAGCUGGGAGAAUAAGUAUGGUUGAUUUACAGAAAAUGGUGGCUCGAGUAUUCUAUUAUCUGUGUGUAAUUGCACUGCAGUAUGUUGCACCAUUGGUAAUGCUCCUUCACACAACUCUGCUCCUGAAAACACUAGGUAAUUAUUCUUGGGGUGUCUACCCAGAACUGAAUUCUGACACUCCAGUAGAUAACAGUCUUCUUCCCAGUUCAGUCUAUGCCGAGUCUCCACCUGCUGAUGGAAAGGUGAAUGUAACUGUAGUACAAAUAACAAUGGCUUUGGGAAGCCUAAAGAAUAUUUUCACUCCUCUCCUCUUCCGGGGACUCCUGUCUUUCCUCACCUGGUGGAUUGCUGCUUGCCUCUUUUCUACGAGCCUUUUUGGGCUUUUCUAUCACCAGUACCUAACUGUGGCAUGAACAAGUCAACUGACAAAGCAAGUGAGGUCAAAUACUAGCUACAAACCCAGGUACCCAAGAGGAGAUGAAGAGAACAGAAGAAAACUACAUAUGAAGAGAAAACAUAUCAGAAUUUUUUUUUUUAAACACUUCCUCUGUGUUCUCAGGGUGAAUAUUCUUAAAAUGUUCAAAAUUGCGACUGGGUUUGUUAUUUUCGUUAGCCAAAUGGUAGGUAACAAGUGGAAUUAUAGUUUUGGGUCAGACUGUUAUUGUGUGGCAGGUAAUAGUGAGCAUGCUGAAAAGAUAAGACCUCUGGGUAUCUUGUUUCCAUAAACACCAAGCCAACCUCAAAACUUUGUGUUUUAAGCAUCAACAGUCAGUGACUUAACUGUUAAAAGGGUACUGGUUAUAGUGUUUGUGGCUGCCUAUCUAUUAAAUCUUAAAACUGAGCCAUACAAUGGAAGGAGAAAGAGGGGAUUUAAAAAUAAUUUCUGUUGGAUAGCUGUUGAUCACUUUUCUCCUUGAAAAAUGAAAUAAUCCAACAGGACAAAAGAGAUACUGUAUAUUACAGUAAGGAAAGUUGUAUAAAAUUUAAAUUUCACAGGAAUAGAUCUAUGGACCUGACAAGUGUUGCUGCCUAAAUAGGUUGCAGAAAUGCUUGUACAG